CACCUUCACCUAACUUCUUCAUACCAAGUGGCGCAUAAGGCCUUCCCCCACUCUAUCAAUCCCAAAAUAUCACUCAAAAGAAACAUGAAGUGCUAUUUUUGUCUGAUGAAUUAAUACCAUGGAAACUCUAGUAAGCUCCCCCUUCUCUGUUUACCUCUUUAAUACCCCAGUAAAGCCUCUCCCUUUUCAUUUGGCAUUUUUUAAGUUAGCCCCCCUAACUUCAAAAUCAAAAUAUUUUUUUGUUCUAGACUUUGCAACAAUGUUUAUUUCGUUCAGAUACCACAUGCAAAAAGUUGAAAGCCACUAUGCUUGCAUGCUGUACGGUUGUUUAAGUCAAAUCAGUAAAAUGCUUUGUCACAGCAAUUAAUUACUUUUGUUUCUUGAAACAGCUUACAUGUACAUAAGACCUAUGAUUAAAUACAACAAGCCCUGCAAAAGAUCACAUUUCAUAUGUUGUUACAUUCCAGCAUGUCGAAAUUGGACAUUAAAAACUACCUUACCAGCAUCUACAAGCUUGACAUCGCCAAGGUUAACACCAGAAUAGCCCAUGGUAAAACAAAGUAUCUUAUGAAGAAAGACAAGCUUAUGAAGAAAAAAUUCCCAGAUUAUAAAGUGGCAUAUGUAACGCUGGCUGCCGGUACCUUCAAGUUUCCCGAUUUAUUUCCAAAUCAAGACGUAAAGGCCCAGGAAUCUGCCCAGAAAGAGGCAGAUACCCCUCCAGAAGAACCCGAGCCACUUCGCUGGUUUUGACGGCAAGAGGCACUUCAAGAACUCAUUCAUGAGGUAUCUUAUCAGUCCUUGGCCAGCCCUGAAUGGCAUUGAUCCGAAGAGAACGGAACCGUGUGAUCGUCUUGCAUCCAAGCUGUGGCCCAGUCUCUGCUCUGCUAUUUGGGAUCGAAAGGAGCUGGACUAGAUGAACAUUGGUCGGUGGAGUUUGGGGCUGGUCACUGACUACGAAGAGUGCAGACAAGAAAAAAAAAAAGAAGCAUUUUUUGGACGGAAACAUUCUCCUCACAUGUAUAUAAAAAAAAACUACAGGGUGUAUUUUAUCUUGGUAAAACAAUUUGCGGUACGGCAGGGUUUCACUUU